UCACCCAUAUUUCCUCGAAUUAUUCUUGGGACGACAUUGCAUGAUGGCUGAUCAGGCACAACAGCCAGUAAUAACUGCGGAACCUGAUAUUGAUGAUGGCGCAUCCUCUAUCGAUGGCUCGUCUAUUGAUGACUCCCUGGCUUCUCUGAGGUCCAGCAUCCUCGAUUACCGCCGAGGAAAUGGUCGUACCUAUCAUCGGCUCAGCGAUGGGAAAUAUCUUCUUCCCAAUGACGAGCGAGAGCAAGACAGACUAGAUCUCACCCAUAACCUGUGGCUACUUACAUGGGACAACAAACUCUGCAACUGCCCCAAGAAUGCUGGUGCCAAACGAGUGCUAGACAUCGGGACUGGAACUGGUGUCUGGGCUCUAGACUAUGCGGACGAUCACGCUGAAGCUAUAGUACUCGGUGUCGACCUUAGUCCGAUUCAACCCAGCUUCGUACCUCCUAAUUGCUCAUUUGAGGUUGACGAUGUUGAGAAAGAGUGGCUUUGGUCGGAGCCGUUCGACCUCAUCUUUGUCAGAAACAUGAUUGCGAGCUUUUCUGAUUAGCCAGGCAUGAUCGAGAAGGCUUUUGAACGUCUUGAGCCUGGCGGCUAUCUUGAGCUUCAGGACAACAUGUUCCCACUCAUGUGUCGAGACGAUACGAUGACCG